GCCGACACUGCGGUUGCGUCACGAGGACGCCCACACAGACAGUAUUUGAUUGGAGAGCAGUCACUCUGAUCUUGUGACAAGGAAGUAAGGUGUGAAAACAAGGGGCUGAAGGAAGGGCUGGACUCAAUUGAACCAUGGACUACCGUGUGCUCGGCGUUGUUUUAUUUUCUUUUCUUGCUUACACUAAUGCAGAGCAUGUGAAAUUUGCCGACUGUGGCUCAGUAGAAGGAAAAGUUUCUGUGGUUGACAUCCAGCCCUGCCCAUCACAGCCAUGCCAGCUUCGCAAGGGACAGUCCUAUACAGUCAAUGUAACCUUCACCAGUAGUGUUGCCAGUCAGACCAGUACAGCUGUGGUCCACGGAGUGGUGGCUGGCGUCCCCGUCCCCUUCCCUAUUCCUCAAUCAGAUGGGUGCAAGUCUGGAAUUCAGUGUCCUAUUGUGCCACAAAAAACUUAUAGCUACGUCAACCAGUUGCCUGUCAAGAAUGAGUAUCCAGCAAUAAAACUGGUUGUGGAAUGGGAAUUAAGAGAUGACCCCAGCAAAGACUUGUUUUGCAUCAAGUUCCCUGUUCAGAUUGUGAACUGAAGGCCAACAGUGAAGCCAAAAUGCUUACAAAGGGAUACAAUUAAGAACCGAGGAAUCUGGAUGUGUGCCUAAACACUUUUUUUUUUCUAUGGACCUUUUAGAUCUAAUAUUGGUAGAUGCAGAUUUUAUGACUUAUUCUACUACUUUUUUUCUAACCAUAACACACUUGUCAUUUUAAUGUAUGGUGUUUAACUAUGCACAGAGUGCCACUCUACAGAAGUUGCCUAAUCCUGGUUUGUUUCUAAAAUUGUAUUAAUGAUUCACCAGAACGAGACUCUGACGAGCAAGCGGUGGUCAGAGCUGGUGAUUAAAUCAAGUGUGCACUAACUGCUUUGUGGCUAAACUGUGUUCUGAUGCGUCUAAUCAAAGUUUCUUUAAACAAUUGGUUGUAAACUUUUUACUUGCAUUUUUAAAUUUGCAUAUUUAAUAAAGAAUGCAUCUUAAAAUGAGCAUAUUUUCUUAAGAGAUCUGUAAAUGUGGCCACAAGCAAAAGGCCACAUUUGACAUGUAACUAUGUAUAUUACUGUCUUAAUGAAAUAAACUACUUUUUUAAGGUGAA